CACGUGAGUGAGAAGGAGCUGCAGUCCGGGGUUCAGGGAUCAGCUGAUCAGAGUUGUCACAACAUCCCUGCACCAUGGGUAGGAAGCUGGACCCCCUGAACAAAGUGCCCCGCGGACCGGGCCGAAAAUCCAGAAAACAGCCCGGAGCAGAGAAUGAGCUGAGCAAAAUCCUAACUGAUGACUCUGAUCAGAAACGUAUGUCAAGUCGCAGCCGCCAAAGAGCAACCAGAAGAAGAAAAGCAAACGAAGAGAAAGCCAAGCUCAGCAAACCGGAACCCAAACAGAACGGUGCUGUCCCAGGGGACCUGAAAGGGAAGAGAAAGCCUGCUGUCUUCAGCGAUGACAAUGCAGAGUGGCUGAAACCUGUGAAGAAGAUGAGAAAGGAAGAGGAGAGCGAGGAGGAGGAGAGCGAAGAGGAGAAAUUUGACCAGAAGAAGAAGAGUGGUGAAAAGAAGAGGCGGGAGCCUGGUGACCAGCAGGAAGAAGAGAGCGGAGAGGAGGAGAGCGGAGCGGAGGAAGAAGGGAGUGAUGUUGAACCGGCUGGUGCUCUGGAUCUCUCAGACAGUGAUGACCUACAAGAUGAUUUUGGAGCCUCCUCAGAGGAUGAUGAUGAUGAUGAAAAAGGACUUCUUCCAAUAGAGAAGGCCGCUGGGAAACAGAAGAAGAAGAUUCAAAGGGAGAAAGAGAAGGAAAAGGAUUCCGAAAUCCAGCUCAAUGUUGACGCGGAGGAGCACUUUACCUUGCCGACCACGGAGGAGAUGGAGAGUGAGAUCUCGGCACCGCUGGAUCUCACUGCAGUGCAGGACCGCAUUAAGGAUGUAGUGGGCGUGUUGCAGGAUUUCGCUAAUCGGGGAGGGGACCGCUCCCGCCAGGAGUAUGUCACCGUUCUGCGCCAAGAUCUUGCCACAUACUACAGUUAUGGCACCUUUAUGAUGGAGACCCUCAGUGACCUGUUUCCUGUGUCAGAGCUGGUUGAUUUUCUGGAGGCGUGUGAGGUCCAUCGUCCGAUCACUAUCAGGACCAACACCUUGAAGACACGGAGACGUGACCUGGCUCAGGCUCUCAUUAAUCGUGGCGUAAAUCUGGACCCGUUGGGUAAAUGGUCGAAGACCGGACUGAUCAUCUUUGACUCUUCUGUACCAAUCGGUGCCACCCCUGAGUACCUGGCUGGUCACUACAUGCUGCAGGGUGCGUCCAGCAUGUUGCCAGUCAUUGCUCUGGCACCACAAGAAAAUGAACGGGUGCUGGACAUGUGCUGCGCUCCUGGCGGGAAGACCAGUUAUAUCGCCCAGCUAAUGAAGAAUACCGGCAUGAUUGUCGCCAAUGAUAUGAACGCCGAUCGUCUCCGGAGCGUGGUGGGAAAUUUGCACAGAUUGGGCGUCUCAAACUGUAUACUCUCUAAUUAUGACGGUCGGCAGAUCCAUAAGGUCCUUGGGGGGUUUGAUCGGGUGCUCCUGGAUGCCCCUUGCAGUGGAACUGGUGUCAUCAGCAAAGAUCCAACAGUAAAAACCAACAAGAGCCUACAAGAUGUACAGCGCUGUGCCCACAUCCAGAAGGAACUGAUCCUGAGUGCCAUUGACUCUCUGGAUGCCCAGUCAUCAGCUGGAGGAUUCCUGGUCUAUUGCACAUGUUCUAUUACGGUGGAGGAGAACGAGUGCGUGGUGGACUACGCUUUGAAGAAAAGGAAUGUCAAGCUCGUACCCACAGGUCUGGACUUUGGUAAAGAAGGUUUUGUGAGGUUUAAGGAACGUCGCUUCCACCAGUCCCUCCGCCUGACCCGCCGCUUCUACCCGCACACCCACAACAUGGAAGGCUUCUUCGUUGCCAAGUUCCGCAAAUUCGCAAACGCCAUUCCAUCAACAAAGGAAGCAACUGAGGCCUCCAGCGCAGACCAGACUGGGGACACCACCGCAGAGAAGAAAGGAGAAACAACCGAGCAACAAGGCCAGGAAAAGAGUCAGAAGAAGCAAAGCCCAAGCGGGCCUAUAAAGAAGCCGACUCAGAACAACCCCGCUAAGAAGCAGAACCAGAAAAGUCCCGCAAAGAAGCCGAGUCCGAACUCGCCAUCAAAGAAGAAGAGCCAACAGAACCCCGCUAAGAAGCAGAACCAGAAGGGCUUUAAUAAGAAGCAGGCCCAGAAGAUGAAACUCAAACAAAAGUUUCUGGCAAAGAAGAAAAGGAAGAGUAAAUAGUAUUACAUUGUUCCGCUUCUAGACCUUGCUGCGGCCUCCUCCACCU